AUGCCUUGGGGCUGGGAGCUUAGCGAUUACGGCGACUGCGAGAUCCAAGUCUGGGAGGAUGAGCACUGUGAAGGACGGUAUCUGGGUCAGCUUCGACAUGCGAAUACGUGGGAGAAGCUUGGUUCGUGCAGCGGGCACUUCAGAGACAUCCAUGGCAAGGAAGGACGCCCGAAGAGUGCAAAGAUUGUCUGCAAGGCAAAGAAGUAG